CGUGCAUAUGCGACACCGCCACAUGUUCAGCCACAGCGCAAGCCUCAAGACCAGCUCGUUCGCGACCUCACAUCCAGCACCGCUCCACUCAGCAUCACCACCCAUUGCCCGCCCAACACCGCCGCCAUGUCGGGCAGACAACCGCGCUUCAAUCAGCAAGUCCUCAUCGACACCACUCCCCUGCCGGACUCAAUUCCUAAAGUCGAAGAAAUCGGCGCCUCGUCUGCCCCGCUGCUCUCCGCGUCCUUCUUCAUUGGCGCACGCUGCAAGUCUUACAAUGAUGACUUCAUGCACUGCAAGACGGAAGCCAAUGGCAAGGGCGAGUCGGAAUGUUUGAAGGAGGGAAGGAAGGUCACACGAUGCGCUGCCUCGGUGCUGGACGAUAUCAACAAGAGCUGCUUGGACGAGUUCAGGAAACACUGGCAAUGUCUGGACAACAACAACCAGCAGCUUUGGCAGUGCCGAGGGCUGGAACGGGGCCUGAACAAGUGUGUGUUUGAGAAGCUAAACUUGGAGAAGAAGAUUCCCGGUGCGCCUGAGAACGAGGUACCGGUUCAUCUGCGAAAGAGGCAGAUAUAUGCUCACUCCAUUUUCGGCCAAUAGAUGUGUACAGUACAGAGCAAGAGCGCCCGCCUACAACAAGGCUGAUUAUGAUAUGCUUUUUACAAUCCAUCAGUGCGCAUAUUUGCUGGAUUUUCCAGCGGAGCUGCCAACUUCCAUUUCGUGCUCGUCGCCCAAUUGUGCUACGCC